ACUCUUUUUUUCUCUGUACCACACCACAGUGAGAAACCAACAAAGAAUUUUUUUUAAAAAAAGGUGCUCAGGUGACUCUUCCAAUAUACGCCGGCGGGAGAAGAAGAUAUGGAUAUCCUGAAGGAUGACGUGGUGACUAUUAGACCGCCGAAGGAAGAAGGAGGCCCUCAUGUUAUCACCGUGAACUGCCCUGACAAAAUUGGAUUGGGAUUGGAUUUGUGCCGUGUCUUGCGUGUCUUUGGUCUGAGCAUUGUUAAAGGAGAUAUAUGUACAGAUGUGACAUGGUGCUACAUAAUUUUUUGGGUUGUGACCAAAUCGUCUGAAAAAUGGGGUUCAUCAAGAUGGGAAUUGUUGAAGAAGAGAUUGAUGGAUGCAUGCCCUUCCUGCUACUCAGUUUCUGGGAUUUCCUAUUACUGUUCAGAAUUGCAGUCACCAGAGCCUCCUGAUGUGUUUAUGCUGAAGCUUUGUUGUCAUGAUAGAAUAGGGCUUUUACACGAUGUGGCAGGAGUUCUCUGUAAGCUUGAGCUCAUUAUAAAGAAAAUGGAGAUGUCUACUACCCCAAAUGGGAGAGUCAUAGACCUAUUCUUCAUUACAGACACCAGGUUUUGCUUCGUUGUUAUGAUCUCCCUAAAAUUAUACUAUGCAGUUAUCUUUGACAACUGUGUUUUCCCCGAGGAAACAACCUCGGGAUUUUCAGGUGUAGAAUCAGUUAAGGACUUCAACAAUGUUGGACUGCGAAGCUGCCCAAACAUUUGGCGCCGUCUGUGGGAAACCGAACAAGGAGUCGUGUGGCUUAACUUGCUGAAAGAUAAUAUGGUUCGUACCUUUACAGGAGGCCGCCCUCCAAGAAAUGAAAUGGACGAACAAGAGGACACUCAUGUAUCUGAACCCGGCUUGAAUGACUUUAGGCCAAUGCCAAGAAAUCUUUUCGUAGGAGGAGCUGAACAGGAUCACCUAAGCGAGAUAGAUGAUGAAAGGACACCAACUGGGUAUGCGACCCAACCUGAACAGUUCCAAGUUCCAAUAGGAACAAGACAAAGAUCUGCUAGACCGUGCAAUUCACGACGUGAGCGACCUGAAAGGUCAACAGAACUUGCUCGGACAACCGAGCUCGAAGAAAGAACCAGAGUUCUCGAAAUGGCAAUGGGUAAAAUCCUUGCCCGUUUAAUUCCUGAUGACCCCCUGAUUCCUUUGCUGAACAGAGAUGCACAACCGGCUGCGGUUGUUGCAACUCGAAACUCCCCCGCUCUCAGCAACAUAGUAGUGCCGACCAGGCCAAGGGGAAGCGGGAAACUGAAUAUUGAGCCCAGCUCGUCCAAACAUAGUGAAGAAUUGAUGAGAAAGAACGCAGACCUUGAAAGACAGCUGCGGGACGUGCAAAAGUCUAUUGACGAGUUGAAAAGCCCCAGGUCGCAUCAACAGACUCUGGAUUUGGAUAGUGCACCACUAAACUUAUCCAUUACGGCAGAGCCAUAUCAAGAGGGAUUCAAAAUUCCCCACUUGGAGACAUAUGAUGGCUCGGGUGACCCUGAUGAACAUCUGCACACCUAUCAAGCCAUCAUGAGAAUACAAAAUGCCAAUGAUGCCAUGAUGUGCAAAGUGUUCCCUACGACACUGAAAUCAACAGCCAGAAGAUGGUAUCACAAGCUUCCCAGGCAUUAUAUAGACUCAUAUUCUCAGCUCGCCAAGCUAUUCUCCAACAAAUUCGCGAGCCAGAGGGAGAUCAAAUGCACAGCGACCGUGCUGAUGCAAGUUAAUCAAAAGGAAGGGGAAUCUCUGAGAUACUACAUGCAGCGAUUCAACAAAGCCACUCUGGACAUUGACAAUGUCCCAGACACCAUCUGCCUGUCUGCAUUGCUGCAUGGCUUGAAGCGUGGUCGGUUCCUAGACGACCUGCUAGAGAACCCACCCAGGACUUGGAACGAAGUGAAUGACAUGUCGGCUAGCUUCAUAUUGUCCGAAGAUUUUCAAUCUUCUAAGAGACGAGCCGAUGACAAGCAAGGAAAAGAGCUCAAGCAGCCUGAAAACAAAGAUGACAAGAAGAAACAGAAGGUCAGCGAGCAAAGAGGGAAACCGCCUUCCUUUCCAAAAUAUGACAGCUACAUUCCCCUGAGCUCGUCACGAUCCCAAAUAUUGUCGCAGAUACAGCACUGGGUCAAGAGACCCCCUCCACAAACACACGACUCCUCACGAGCUGACAGAAGCAAAUACUACGAUUAUCACCGUGUCUACGGCCAUAACACAGAAGACUGUCAGAGUCUAAAGGAUGAGCUCGAAUUUUUGGCUCGCAAUGGAAAAUUGGAGGGGUAUAUACAGAAGCCUUUUGUUCGGCAACCCACCCAGACCCAUUUUGUACAAGAGUACGGCCGACCUCAAGCACCUGGAUAUCAGCUCAGUAACAAUCCAAAUUCUUACCAGGCAGGUCCGUACUCAUCAGAACCGAACAGAGUAUAUAGGGGACGCCCGUUCAAUAAGAGUGGGCAAGGACAGAAAGCACCUGCACAAAAUUCAAAAGAUCACAGAGGGGUUGGGUAUGGAGGAAUACCCCCUCCAUCUGGCACAAUCAAUAUGAUCUUUGGUGGAAUGCACUCAGGAGGCCAGAGCUCCCGGGCCCACAAGGCAUAUGCCCGCCAGGUGAUGACAGUCAACAAAAACAGGCCCUUGAAGCGACCGUUCGAGGAGGCGGAGUGGGAGAAUGCAGCUAUCACAUUCAGCCCGGCAGAUUAUAAGCGAGCAGACGGAGAGCCCGACGUUAUGAUGCCUCACGCAGAUCCAUUUGUCGCAAUGGUCCAUAUAGGUAAUCAUAAUGUCAACAAGGUCUUUAUUGACACGGGCAGCUCACCUGAUAUCUUUUAUUGGAGCUGCUUCCAAAAGAUGCAAUUGAAUCCAAGCUCGUUACAAAAAUAUGAAGGGCCAAUUUAUGGGUUCAAUAAUCAGCCCGUCCCAGUAGAAGGAGUCAUCACCCUUCCCAUCUAUGUGGGCUCAGAACCACGGUUCAGGAUGGCUUCCGUUACCUUCCUGGUCAUCAAGAUGGAGUCCGCUUUCAAUGCUAUACUGGGAAGAGCCACCCUGUGCGAGUUGAAGGCUGUUAUCUCACAACCCCAUCUCUGCAUGAAAUUCCCAACGCCUCAGGAGGUAGGUGUGCUGAAGGGGAAUCAGAAGAUGGCAAGGGCAUGUUACCAAGAUACAUUUAAGAAGGUUGAGCUCGCUGAAGCCCCGAGAGUCUCUGAGAAUAGAAGGUCGACUCAGCCCGGCCAACAAACAAUGAGCAUAUCGGACAUUGAGCAUAGACCUGAGGGUGUCGAGCAGAAAGCAGAGCCGGUAGAGCCAGUAGAAACCGUUCUUUUAAACCCUGAUGUGCCGGAAAGAACAGUCAAGAUCGGCACCAAGCUCACAAAAGAAGAGCGAGCAGAGCUCUUGGAAUUUUUGAGGGUCAAUCAAGACGUGUUCGCGUGGACUACAGAUGAAAUGCCUGGCAUCCCAGCAGAGUUGACAGUCCACAAACUCAGCACGGACCCCACCAAAAGGCCAGUGGUACAGAAGCGUCGCCUUUUUGGCCCUGAGAAGCAGGCUGCUAUAGAUAAAGAAAUACAAAAGCUACUACAGGCAGGUUUCAUCAGGAGAGUGGAAUACUCUGAGUGGGUGUCUAACCCUGUGCUCGUCAAAAAACCGAAUGGCAAGUGGAGGAUGUGUAUUGACUUCACCAACCUAAACGAUGCGUGUCCAAAAGACCCGCAUCCCUUGCCAAAUGUUGAGAAGAUAGUAGAGCGGGCAGCCAGACAUGAGCGGAUGAGUUUUCUUGACGCCAGCUCAGGUUAUCAUCAGAAGCUGGUACAAAUCAUCUUUAAGCUCCAGAUCGACAGAAACAUAGAAGUGUAUGUGGAUGACAUGAUAGUCACCAGCGUGCGAGUUGAGGACCAUAUAGACGACCUGAAUGAGACCUUCCAAAAUUUGCGCCGAGCCCAAAUGAAGCUGAACCCCUUAAAGUGCACGUUCACUGUAGAAUCAGGAAAAUUCCUAGGGUACGUGGUAUCCAAGAAAGGAAUUGAAGUGAACCCGGAGAAGGUUCUAGCCGUUCAGCAGAUGGAGCCUCCCAAGACUGUAAAGGAUGUGCAGCGCCUAACAGCUAACAUUGAAGGGUCGGGUGCUGGGGCUGUGUUAGUGGGCCCAGAUGGCUUCAGGUCUAAGUACGCCCUGAGCUUUAAGUUUCAGACGACUAAUAACACUGCAGAAUACGAAGCCCUCAUUUACGGACUGAAGCUGGCGUCCGAGCUGAAGGUACAAAGCAUUCAGGUUUUCAGCGACUCUCAGCUCGUUGUGGGCCAGGUGAAUGGCAGUUGUGAAAUCAGGGAUCCUCAGCUCGGUCGUUACGCCUUUGUGGUCAACAGAUUGAAGUCAAUAUUUGUCAUUUUCCAAAUUGAUAAAAUACCAAGAGCAGAUAACCACCGAGCUGACGAGCUGUCAAAGUUGGCCUCCUCGCAGGACCUUAACCCUCAAAGAUCGACAAUUGUCGAGAUACUCGACGCACCGAGCUACACUGAUUCCACAGUCGAGUGUCAGCUGCUAAGCACAGAUCCCUCUACGCCGAGCUGGACCACCCCGCUCAUAAAUUAUCUGCAAAGUGGCGAGUUACCUGAAGAUCAAUCCGCUGCAAAAGUGAUUAAAUCCUCUAUGCCCCUAUUACGCUGCCUUACUCCUUACGAAGCUGAAUACGCUGUGAGGGAAGUUCACGAAGGAGUAUGUGGCAUGCACAUAGGUGGCAAAACUUUAGCUCGGAAACUCUUGAGGCAUGGUUAUUACUGGCCCACUAUGGUCGAGGACGCGCAGAACUAUGUCAAAAAAUGUCCGACCUGCCAGUUCAAUGCUGAUGAUAUACACAUGCCAGGGGAAAUGCUAUCAUCUCUCACGUUUCCCUGGCCCUUUACUCAAUGGGGUGUCGACCUGCUCGGCCCUUUCAUCAAAGGCAAAGGAGGCUGCACUUUCCUAGUCGUUGCAGUGGAUUACUUCACUAAGUGGAUAGAAGCUAAACCAUUGUCUACGACAACAGAAAAGAAAAUAGAAGAAUUCUUGUUCAAUUCAAUAUUGUGCAGGUUCGGCAUACCCAAGUGGAUUAUCGUCGAUAAUGGGCCACAGUUCCGAGCAGCAACACUGAGAUCGUUCUGCAAUGAUUAUGGCAUUGAGCUCUCCUUGACGUCUGUGUAUACCCCCCAGUCAAAUGGACAGGCCGCGUCUGACAAUAAGAUCGUCCUGCGAGGCCUCAAGACUCGUGUUAUAGCUGCAUGUUCUAAUUGGGUUGACAAACUCAAUAAAGUACUUUGGUCAUGUCGCAUGACACCUAGCUCGGCCACAGGCGAAACCCCAUUCAGCUUGGCAUAUGGAGCUGAGGCCGUCAUCCCUGUCGAAAUCAGGUUGCCAUCUGCUAGAUCAGAUCGUCAUGACGAUCAGAAUAAUGGGCAACUCUUAAGAGAGAACCUGGACCUAGUGGAGGAAGUUAGGGAAUUGGCUCGAAUUAGAAACAUGGUGCAUCAAAGUCGUGUUGCAAAAUUUUAUAAUAAUAGGGUUCGAGCUCGACAGUUUCAGGUCGGCAAUCUGGUUCUGCGCAAGGCUGGAUUAACUAAUACCUAUUCGCAUAUGGGCAAGCUCGCUCCUAAUUGGGAAGGCCCUUAUAUGGUUAUUAAUAUUAAGCGACCUGGGUGUUAUCAACUAGCAGAUUUACAAGGUCGUCCGUUGUCAUUCAUCUGGAACAUACACAACCUUAGAAAGUUUUACAGUUAACGCCUUGGUGUUAUUGUCUUAAUUCAAAUUAUCCUCAAUCAAAUGUAAAGAGCAAUGUGUGGAACGGUACAUAGCAAUAUAUAUAGAAAUUGUGAAAUAAAAUAUUCAAAUUUGU